CCGGUCUUGGUCCAGGUUCUGGUGGCUCAAGUGUUUCCAGUCCUCUCAACCCCCGUCUGUCUCUUGUCUCUAUAACAGGGGACUCAAAUCUACGAUGCCAAGCGUGGGACCCUGGUGGAUCUGGGCAUCCUGGACGUCAUGCAGAUCUUUGGACGUGCAGGUCGUCCGCAGUUUGACAAGUACGGUGAGGGCACCAUCAUCACCACCCACGACAAACUGAGCCACUACCUGACCCUGCUCACCCAGCAGAACCCCAUUGAGAGCCAGUUCCUGGACAGACUGGCCGACAACCUGAACGCUGAGAUCGCUCUGGGGACCGUCACCAAUGUGGAGGAGGCUGUGAAGUGGCUCAGCUACACCUACCUGUUCGUCCGCAUGAGGGCCAACCCACUGGCAUACGGCAUCAACCACAAGGCCUAUCAGAUGGACCCCUCCCUGAUGCUGUACAGGAAGGAGCUGGUGGUGGAGGCCGGCAGGAAGCUGGACAAGGCCCGCAUGAUCCGCUUCGAGGAGCGCACCGGGUACUAUGCCUCCACCGACAUGGGCAGGACCGCCAGCCAUUUCUACAUCAGAUACAACACCAUCGAGACCUUCAAUGAAAUGUUCAACUCUCAGAGGACAGAAGCAGACAUCUUCAGCAUCGUGUCCAAGGCUGAGGAGUUUGACCAGCUGAAGGUGCGUGACGAGGAGCUGGAAGAGCUGGACCAGCUGCUGAGUAACUACUGUGAGCUGCCGGCUGCGGGGGGGGGUGGAGAACGGCUACGGGAAGAUCAACGUGCUGCUGCAGACCUACAUCAGCCGGGGGGAGGUGGACAGCUUCUCCCUCAUCUCUGACCUGGGCUACGUGGCUCAGGUGAGGGACAGCACACACACACUU